UUGACAUGUGAAUGUCAACAAACUGCUGUUUUGACAGUUGCUGGCAGAUGUUUCACGCUGUUUAGGUGUUAUGCAAGCUUUGUUAAGAUGACGACAAUUAUCACAGAUCUCCCAACAGAACUUCUGGUCAAAGUGUUUUCUUUUCUUCCCGGUAAAACUCUAGGAAACGUUUGUAAAACGUGCUCAAGAUUCAGGGAAGCGGUCAACAUUGACUCCAUUUGGCAGGCAAGAUGUGCCACAGAAUACAAUUUUACACAGCUGGAAGGUUGGAAUAGUUCUUACCAAGAUGUAUACACAAAGAUUUUAGUAAAGUAUGGGUCUCUAAUAGGCCUUUAUCAACGAGAUUUUAAACCCUAUGGUGGAUUAGCCAAUAUCAAGUUUGACACGGGACAGAUGUUAGUUUGUGAGUAUUUGGCUCCUGAUAAUCCUCAUAUCAAACAGCCGCUGAAGGAACAAAAAAUCUUUAGUAUAUGUAUCAACAAAAGGGGAGAAGCUGAAGUGUCGUGCCUGAAGGGAUACAAAGGACCGCACACCUGUAAACUAAUACGGAAAAAUCAAAAGUUGAAAUUCAAAUGUCAACACAUUGGACACCAUCGACACCCAAGAGGAAAGGAAAAGGAAUUAGAAGAAUGGUUGAUUUCCAAACAAGAGGAUUUCUCUGAUUUAUCUGUCAUGAAAUUUGAAGAAUCUUAUCUCCAAACAGGGAAGUACAAGUUUGAACCUAUGGAUUUACCUCGCCCAAUGAGAAAUAUACCAAUACAACCAGGAUUGUUCAAAGGCCAUUACGGAGCUCACGGCAUAGAAAUCAUGCACCUUAGUUACGACUCGGAAAUGAAAAAUAUCCUGGUCUUGAAAAUAACUGGAGAUGUUAAUGUCCCCGCAAUGAACGUAAGCCUCUUUGUGGAUCUUCACCGACCAAUGGUACUCAACCUCGAACAACAGGAGUCAAUGCACAUGCUGCGAGAGAUGGACACGCCUGACAUUCCCGAGGAGAAUGGGCCUGGAUUUGAACCCAGACAUCAGCCAUUCAUGAUUCCUACAGGAUGUUUCAACAGGGUGCAAAAUAUACCUCAGCGUUGUAAAUACAGAUUCCAUGGAAAGGGGCGGAUAGCUGGACAUGGCUACCACAAUCCUAGUCUAACACCAGGGCACUUUGUAGUGUUUGAUGACGACACCCUAGGCUUUAUGUGGAUGGAACUUCUGUCAUUUAGCAUGUAUUCUAGGGUCACGGAAAUGUUUGGCUGACCAGAUCAAUUUAUUCUAGAGCCAUUGGCUGACCAGAUGAAUGUGUUCUAGAGUCAUUGGCUGACCAGAUGAAUGUGUUCUAGAGUCAUUGGCUGACCAGAUAAAUGUAUUCUAGGGUCACUGAAACGUUUGACUGACCAGAUACAUGUAUUCUAGGGUCACUGAAACGUUUGACUGACCAGAUACAUGUAUUCUAGGAUCACUGAAACGUUUGACUGACCAGAUACAUGUAUUCUGGGGUCAUAGAGAUGUUUAUCUGACUGCAUACAUGUAUUCUAGGGACAUAGAGAUGUUAGGUGACCACAUGAAUGUAUCCUAGGGUCAUGGAGACAUGUGACUGACCACAUUAAUGUAUCCUAGGGUCAUGGAGACAUGUGACUGACCACAUUAAUGUAUUCUAUGGUCGUUUUUGGGAUCAUGGAGACAUUUGGCUGACCACAUGAAUGUAUUCUGGGGUCAUAAAAAUGUUUGGCUUAUCUCAAUGGCUCAACAAUAUUUUCAACCUUUGAUUAACAAUGGUUAUCCACUCCUAAUAGUCAGGGUACACCACUGCCACCAGAACUUUAACCUAGUUUUUGAACAGUUAGUCUAUGUUAAAUAAGGCUAUAAGGAAAUUGUGCAUUUGAACAUUUCAGUCACAUGAAUGUUUCAGUUAUUGAAUUUUUAAACAGAUAAUAAUUGUCAGUUUGUGACAAAAUUAACAAAUAGUGUACGUUGCAUUUAUUCUCAGUAUGCUACUCUGAGUCAGUAGAGGAAAUUGUGAUUGACUGGAUUCAGAACUUUAAUAAUAAUAAUAAUAAUAUACAACAUUUGAUAUAUCGCCCUAUCUAGCUAACAUAAGCCACU